AUGGAAGCACCCCCUUUCCCAAAGGUUAAGCUUCCUAUAAUAGAUCCUUUUGAUGGAAUCAUUGAUCCUGAUGAUCACUUGUCAGCAUACAAGCACCAAAUGUAUGUUCAGGCAAUGGAUGAUGCUACGUGGUGUAAGAAUUUCCCAGCCACCCUAAAAGGUGUUGCUAAAAAAUGGUUUAACAAUCUUCCCGUUAACUCAGUGAAUAAUUUCACAAAACUUAGCUAUCUUUUCACUAGUCACUUUGUGGUAAAUCGACAAGAACAAAAAAAAGAAUGCACUUGGGGUAAGAUCAUCCAAGGACCGAAGGAAGCUUUGAGAAGUUUUGUUAAGAGAUUCGAUUUGGAGGCAUUCCAGAUUCAGGAUCUCAAUGUUGGGGUGGCCUUUGACGCCUUCAUCAGAGGCUUGAGGCCAGGAAGCUUUAAAUUCGAUCUAGUGAAGAAGAAGAUCACUACUUUAGCUGAGGCUCUUAGAGAUGCUGAAGCAUUCAUUCAUGCUACUGAUGUCUGUGCAGAAGGAAAGCAUUCGGAGACCAAGAAGGUCGAGGAAAAAAUUCAACCAAAGAAAAAUAAUCCUAAGAAGGUCGAAACUUGGGCCCUGACUUCUACGACCACUUCGUCCCGACAAAGCAAAAGAAGAGAGUCUGAAACUCCAACAGUGCCCAUAGCAUUCAGCAAGGAUCAAUACUCCAUUCUUAUGGAGAUUAAAGAUCAACAUAAGCUCAAGGCCCCGGCCGAGAUGAAGAAUCCCUAUAAAAACAGAGAUAAGAGCAAGUAUUUGCCACUUUCACAAAGAUUAUGGCCAUGA